UUCAACACCUAACCUUCAAAACCUAUCCAUAUUUCCUAACUCAAACACACAUGGAACAAAAUUGUCCGUAGUCAUGAUAAGCAUAACAAAUAACGAAGCACACAAUCCGAACCUGAGCAACCACUACUUCUCCUCGUUAAUCUCUCCAUACAUAUUACUCAGAAUUCUAACCGAAAAUACAUUAAUAGCCCUCCAAUGGGAAGCGAUAUUCGUUCACGCCUUCUUUAAUCUGAAUAAUAUCACGAGAAAGAUAUUACCGACUAUUAAAGGAGAAACUUUCCCGCAAUUAAAACGGCCGGAGGAAACAAUUAGUGAGUCGUGUUGGGAAAAGAUAAACAUCGGGAAUGUAGAGAAUCUGAAGACAGUGGAGCAAGCUGGAAAAAAGAAACGCACUGGAAAGAAACUUCAUCGGCCUGUGGAGAAAACACGGAUGGACCAAGCAGGAAAAGCACAACGCGAAGCGGAAGAAAAGGAACGUUUGCGUAAAUGGGAAGAAUGCUGGCAAAAAAAGUUUGAGGCUCAAGAAGAACGCGAUAAUGCCGAAUGUUGCGCGGGCAAAGAUUUAUGCGUGAAACCCAGAACACAAUCGAACAUUUGGAUCAAUGUAACUAAGGAUCGAUCCCUUCAAGAAAUACAUAUGUUCAUCAAGCACGUUCCAGUUCCAAAGCCAAAGCCUCCGCCUCUGCCACCGCCGAAAAUACAAAAGACUCCGAUUAUUUCACCAAUGGAAAGAAUCGUGAAGCAAAGAGUUGACAAAAUGAGCGGUACGGACAAGAAGAUGAAGAAGGAGAAGAAGAAGAAGUAGCAGUAAAUGAAUCCGACAAUAAGCGAUUCCUUUGCGAUCACUUUGCUCGAAUAUCUUUCCUUUACAUUCUUCUUCGCUACGCAAAAGAUACGUAUUUCUCUGUUUGUCGAGGCAUUUGUAAAAAUACAUCAGAGACCAUGGCGAGGAUGGCGUCGUGACACGUUAUUCUCGUCGUUCAGUGCCCAGUUCGGCGAAGUACCAAAAUGGAAAUAGUGAAGAAAUAAGAAGAAUCUAACUGAUGAAACAUUCCCGCUGCCUUCAGUUUCCAUUUUCCUGUAUUACCCUUUUGUUAAUUAUCAAAAUAUCUUACACGUUCCGCUUAGACCAUUGAAGAUGCAAUAAAAUAUUUUGUAGAAUGUUCACUCCACAAGUUGAGGAUUUUCUAUGCUACUUUCCUUAGUUAAACUAUCCCAUCUACCAUCUUAACUGAGAUAGUAAAGUAAAAUUUGCUAAAGUUUUCCAAUAAAUAUAAUCAAUAGGUGUUCUAAUCUAAUACCUAUGGUCGACAGUGUCCGCCAAUCAUAGGAAAUUUCAUCUCAAGAUACAAAGAACAUGGAAGAAAAAUUUAAAUCGAGAAAAGAAAAAAAAAGAAACAUUUCUCCAGCUAAGUUGAUUCAUGGAAAACGAUAUGUUCAUUGACAUGAACCGCGGAGGAAACAAGCGGUCGGUGUGCAAACUGCAAGGACAUUGCACGCGAGGAGUUAUUCCUGUCCCGCAUAUAUGUACGGGAAGGGAUAAGAAGGGAAGGAAGGUGGGUGAUAAAAGGUGGCGGAAAGAAUGAAGGCAGGGGGUAAACGUGAGAGAGGAGGGACCACGAGGAUGAGACUGCGCGUGCUUUUCUCUCUUUCCUCCGCCACCCUCAGUGCCUGCCACCGAACGACGAACAGGGUUGUAAGCCGAUAUUGUCGGGCAGGCGCAUUGGAAACCGGCGACCAGCCGGGAAGGAAGAUAACAAUAAAAGAGCAUAUAUAAUCGCGCCUAAACGCACGUUAACCUCGCGGCCUGGCUGGUUGGCUGGCUGGCGCGUCGCCUCUCGAAAUGUAAGCACAAUGCGUGAGAGUAA